AGCACAGCAGGUCAGGCAGCAUCAGAGGAGCAAGAGAGUCGACGUUUCGGACAUAAGCUCUUCAUCAGGAAUGUUAAUUUUUACAACGAGUAUCAUUCCACAAAUAAACCGGGAACAUCCUCCCUCCGGUCAGCGGCUGUGUGGCAGGCAGAGAGCUUCUCUGAUACUAAAAUAAGAAGUUGAUGCGGAAAACUCAGUGUCUGCUUCAGCAAGCGACAUGUCAGCAAUAUGUCAGGGAGACCGUGGGUGAGCAGCUGGGCUGUUCGAGCGAGGAGUCAACCCCUAGAGGCUGCGGUCAAAGGGGAAGGUCGGUAGAUAUGGAUCUGAGGAGGAUCAUCCUGCACACACCGUACUGUCUAUACUCUUGUGAUGUUAGCGUUGCGAAAGCGCCGUAACCCAUUGCUCAGAGAACUGUAAACCGUGUUGGUGCAGCUGAUGGAAAGCCUGUGUGACCAGCAUUAAUAUUACAACAGCGUCUUUCAGCUUUUCCCCUUUUCAUCGCCAGCGUUCCCCUGGGCCAGCGUCACCAUGAAUGAAGGGUUUUACUGCCAGUAAUAUUUUCCAAGGAAACUCAAAACCUGACGUUCACAGGUCGGCGCAACACCGAGGGCCUGUUCUGCGCUGUAUUGUUUUAUGUUCUACUCUGUCCAGCUGAACAUCUACGUUAAACACUUCAUCACUGAAUCUGGAAUUCCUGCGAUUAUUGUUGAAAAAAUGGGUUGUGCCACCAGCAGUGUACAGGGAAGGCAUAGCUUUACCCUCAAGGACCAGACUAAUCAGCUGCCCGGUGAAACUACGCUUCAGCAAGUGCAGUUUAAUAAUCAGACUUCAUUAAUCGAACACUCUCAGGCUGAAAAGAGAGUUGUAGCAUUGUAUGACUAUGAACCAACAAGUGAACGUGAUCUAAGAUUAAAGAAAGGUGAACAACUUAUCAUCAUAACAGAACAAGGAGAUUGGUGGAAAGCAAUUUCAUUGGUUUCUGGCAAAGAAGGAUUUGUCCCCAGUAACUUUGUAGCCAGGGUGGCAUCAUUAGAAGUGGAAAAAUGGUUCUUCAGAGAAAUAACCCGCAAAGAUGCUGAGAGGCAACUGUUAGCACCAGGCAAUAAGUUAGGAUCUUUUCUAAUCCGAGCGAGUGAAACUAAUAAAGGUGGCUUUUCACUUUCUAUCAAGGAUUGUGACUCGAAACAUGGUGAUAUAGUAAAACACUACAAGAUUAGAACCCUUGACACCGGUGGUUAUUAUAUCACUCCCAGAGUCACAUUCCCAAAUUUACAAAAACUUGUUUCCUAUUAUUCAAAAAAUUCAGAUGGUUUGUGCCAACGUCUGACUAAACCAUGCCCAAUGCUCACUCCUCAGAAGCCAUGGUGGCCUGAUGAGUGGGAAAUACCAAGAGAAUCCUUGACAAUGUUAACUAAACUGGGUGCUGGACAGUUUGGAGAAGUCUGGAUGGGCCACUAUAAGGACAAUAUCAAGGUUGCUAUUAAAAUGCUGAAGGAAGGUAGCAUGUCUCCUGAGGCAUUCUUGGAUGAAGCCAACCUAAUGAAGACACUUCGACAUGACAAGCUGGUGCAGCUGUAUGCCGUUGUAACGAAAGAACCCAUCUACAUAGUGACAGAAUAUAUGGCAAAAGGUAGUUUGCUCGACUUCUUAAAGACUGAUGAAGGAAGUAAGCUUCAGCUAGUAAAAUUAAUUGACAUGUCUGCACAGAUUGCAGAGGGGAUGGCAUACAUUGAACAGAAAAACUACAUCCACAGGGACUUGCGAGCUGCCAAUAUUCUAGUAUCAGAUGCUUUGAUCUGUAAAAUUGCAGACUUUGGUCUUGCCAGGCUUAUAGAUAAUGAAUACACAGCAAGAGAAGGUGCCAAAUUCCCAAUCAAAUGGACAGCACCAGAAGCUAUUAAUUAUGGCACGUUCACAAUUAAGUCUGACGUCUGGUCCUUUGGAAUACUUUUAACAGAGAUUGUAACAUAUGGGAGAGUGCCAUAUCCAGGAAUGAGUAACCCUGAAGUGAUUCGGAAUUUAGACCGUGAAUAUCGAAUGCCAUGCCCAGACCAUUGCCCAGAUGAACUCUAUGAUAUCAUGAUGAGUUGCUGGAAAAAGGUUCCAGAAGACAGACCUACAUUUGAAUAUUUACAGAGUAUUCUGGAGGACUUCUUUACAGCCACAGAAGGACUGUACCAACGUACUUAGCUACAAACAAUUUGUUGGGCUACUGAAGCAAAAGGUUUAUUUAUUGCAGCACCUCAAAUCAUGCAUGUGUUUUAAUUCUUAUGUCGCUGAAACUACUUACAAUUUAAUGUGAAUUUAGGUCUCAAAACAUUUCUCUGUCACAUUCAAUUUUCUGUGUUCAGUCCUAUAUUAGAAAGCCAAAGGACUUACCAAUGACCUAAGCCUACCAGUUGCGCUGAAUUUCAGAAGAUUGUGCUCUAGUGCCAACAGCAAUUUGUGCUGGCAGAAAAUAAAUCAAUGAGAAAAUGCCAUGAAAGUGCCUUCUGCAUACUGUGUAUAAGAACAUUUUUCUCUCCAGAAAGUGCCCUCCCAGCAGCCAUGACAUGGUGCAUCUCUAUUGGACGUCUUGUUAAUUUAGUCAAAAAUAUAUUCAUUACAAUGGAAGUGCAUUUCGAAAUUCAACUUUGCACAUGUUAUGCUGAGCUGGUGUGAUUUUGCUACCUUAGUUUCCAAAAGCAACACUGACUGGGUUGUACAUUAUUUGUUGUGUUAUUUUAUACAUUAAAAUACCUAGCAAGUUUCAAAAUGAAACUAUAAU